CAGCUCUGGUCGUUUUGGUUGCUCUGGCGUAAGACGAGGACGAAGAGGAAAAUAUCUGGUUUUGGGGCAGGCCAAAAAUUGCUGGCUGCGUGACUCCCGUAAAUCCCUAGUUCUGCCCAGUGAUUUCCUGCCCCGGCCACGAUCCGCCCUGUAGUGGGCGCGCUACCCGCAAACCACUUCCUUCCACACGCAGUUACCAUCCGGGAGGUGAGCCCGCCGUCGUUCUGGUGGUCGUCGGUGGAGAGGUACGGGUACGGAUCCAAAAAAGGAAGAAUCACCGCAAUAAUGUCCAGCAAACCCGCAACCGCCCCGUGUCUGGCCGAGAGCUGGGAGGAGAUAGACGAGGAUCGGUUGCCCGCAACGAUAAAGAUACUGAAAAACACGAGCCCGCCAAAGGCGGAACAGAGGGGCGAAACGACGAGUCGCGUUAACGGGAGUUCGACGGCACGUCAGGCUACCCUUCCCGAGACGCUCGAGGAAGAGCUGAAGCCCAAGAUGGUACAGCGGCCGAUGCAGAUCCUGCGACGUCCACAAUCGAAUAGCAGCACCGAUAAGAGCCCUCUGGAGAGCAAACCGAAGGCUCAACCGAAAUCACUCGAUCAACGGAAACAGGAGUACGCUGAAGCCCGAUUGCGUAUUCUCGGUUCAGCUCACGGUGACGAAGAAGAGACAGAGAGCAACAAAAAGACCAGUUCUACAGCGAACGGUAGUCGAACAAACGCCAACAAUAACAACAGCAGUAACAAUAGCAGUAGUAGUGGUAACAACACAGCAGGCAACGCGGCAACAGGCGCGAAUGGAGUUGGUGGGGCCAGUGCAAACAAUAACGGCGGUGGCGGGGGUGGUGGGGGUGGUGGUAACAACUUUCGCCAUUUCCAUCCACCCUAUCGACAACAGCAGCCCGUGUUCUACUCGUCACCACCACUGCCGACACUACCGAACCAUCCGGCGAUGCAUGGUUCUCAUCCAUCAAUGCAGCACCAUCCGCACCACAAUCCGUUUCAGAACGGUGGGCUUCCGCUUCCAUACCAGCAGCAUCAGCCGCAGCAUCCGCACUUUGUUCCACAGAUGAAUGGCCCAUCUCCUCAUCCCUACUUUAACGGUAGUGGGGUUCGUGCUAGCGGAUUGGCUGGUGGUAGUGGCGGCGGUGGCAGUGCUGUAGGAUAUUACUCAAAGGGAUCAGCUUACGGUAGUGAUAUGAAUGGUGCAGCCGGGCCGUUGAUGUCGUUGAUGGGACACGGUCUUUCGGUACAGCAUCCUGGUGGCCAUCCCGCUGCCUACGGUGGCAUUGGAUACGGCAGUGCUGGUGCUGGUGCGGUCGGUGGUAGCAAAGGAAGUCCCAGCGCAGGACCACCGCCGAAUGGAGGUAAUCAACAUCUGCUACGCCUACCAGCCGGUCCGGAUGGUUCGCAAGGGUUCAACAUGCGUCGGUAGCUAGCUGAAGCACACCGGUCAGCUUCGCUGAGCUGUGUAUAAACGGGCUGGAUCACGCUUACAUUUGGUUUUCUUCAAUAAUUAUUACCGCUCCCAUAACCAUUACUGAAUACUGAGUCUUCUCUGUGACCAUUUUUCCAUGAAUUUUCGAAACCACUAGCUGCACGAUAUGAAAUUUGAAUUGUAAUCAUAAGCCCGUGAAUCCAACUAACCGAACGGCAGUUCGAGACCAUUAUCAGUUUGCACACUCGCGCGGCGAUGCAAAAGCCGUGAACCUUGCUUCCUGCAUUGACGCUAGCAUGCAUAUUCCAUCAUUCAUUUCUAUCUCUCUCUCUCUACCGUUCUGUAUCUCUUUUGGAACUAAACGAAUUUGUACGCAUUCGAGACAGAUUGGAACCUGCUGAUGGUGAUCCAAAACACCCAGACCGAAACGCGAAUAGAUAACUCAAACUCCGCUAAAUUCUGUGUUGUAUUGUGUCGAGUUGUAACGACUAUGGUGGAUGGACAGACACAUUAAAAUAACAAGAUACAAGAUACCACACAAUCAUCGGCAUAUUAUGUGCAGAUCUUUUUUUUGAAUUCAUAUGUUUUUAUUACUUUAUGCGUUAUGUAUAAAUCAUGUUUAUAAAUAAUGAGGAUGGUGCA